UGAAUAACAAUUCCUGUGCUUCCUUCCUAAUUUGAUCAGUCGCCGGGGUGCUGUUGUUACAAAUUGACACAAGUGCAAAAUUACUCCUAUUGAUAUUUUAAUUAUGUUUGGUUUUUUAGUGGUGCUAAUUUUAACACAGUUCUUUAAAUCUGCUCAGCCCAGUGUGAUAAGCAAUUUGAUCCGAAUGGAGAAUUUGGAUCCGGGGAGAGACCAAGAUUAUGGAAAUCUUCCUCCAAAUUUGUCGACGAUUGAACUAAUUACACGGCGAGGCUACCCAGUCCAUAAACAUGACAUAGUAACGAAAGAUGGCUACAUUCUAACAGCAUUUAGAAUCCCACACGGGAAAAGUUGGGCGUCACAUGGAUACCCGGUGUAUAUUAUGCACGGUGGGGCAAUGUCAUCAUCCGAUUGGUUGGUAAACUUAAGCGAGGAUAAUUGCCUCCCAUUCCUCUUGGCUAAUCAAGGGUAUGACGUAUGGCUUGGAAAUCUGAGGGGAAACAUGUAUUCUAACCGUCAUAUCAAUUUGACCCAUAAUGACCCUCUUUUUUGGAACUAUGGUAUGGACGAAGUAGCAAAGUACGAUAUACCAGACGCGAUUGAUUACAUCUUGGAGAAAAGUAAAAGGAGGAAGCUUCAUUUCCUUGGCUACUCAAUUGGCAACACUCCUUUCUACAUGACAAUGGCUAGUAGGCCAGAGUACAAUGAAAAAAUUGGGAUUCAUGUCUCAUACGCGGCAUCCGUCUUCUUUUCCACAUUCCCAGUUUCCAAUCGCAUUAAUGCUCUAAUCACAACCAGGCCAUUGUCGAUUUUACAAAAACUAAUUGGUGGAUUUCCCGUUCCUCCGGAAGGCAUCACGUUUAUGGUGAAUCAAAUUUUGUCCACAAUUUGUAAACCGAGCAUAGAUCUGUUAGGAGUUUGCAGACAAGUUCUAUUUAUUAUUAUGGGUUUUAGUCCGGAGCAAAUUAGCAGGGAACAAACCCCAAGCGUCCUUGGCCACUUGAUGACACCCAGCUCACUAAAAAUGCUACUCCACCUGAACCAGUUUAUGAUAACGGAUCGAUUUGCGUGUUACGAUUACGGGGAGAGACAAAACCUUAAAAUUUAUGGAAACAUGAACCCUCCAGAAUAUAAUUUAAAAUUAAUAACAGCUCCAAUCAGUUUGGUCCUUGCUAGAAAUGACAUGUUCGCCAAUUCUGUUGGGUAUCAAAGGCUUGCAAAUGUGCUUCCCAAUCUGGUCGAUUAUUACACAAUUCCUAGUCCAACGUUUUCCCAUAUUGAUUUCGUUUAUGGAGCUAAUGCCAACGAAAUGGUGUACAAUCACACGAUCAACCUCUUUAAUAAGUUCUCUUUAACGAUUCCCUCAAUGAGUUGAUGUGGGCAAUAUGUAGGAUUGAAUUAAAUUUUAAGAAUUGAUAUCCUUCAGAGAUCUGCGAAUUAAAUAAUGGUCGUAAUUUUGUUUAUUCGACACCGUGUAUAUGUAAAUGUUUGCAGUGGAACAACAAUAGAAUUAACUGAUUAUGCAUUUUACAAUAGGUCUCUUUCCAGAGCAACAGUAAAUAUGUAUGUACAUGAAAAUGUUUUAUAAAGAGAUUUGUACAAGUUGCCGUGAGACUUGAAACUAAUUAUUAUUGGAUGACUAAUUUUUAAGCAUAUACAAAUUUAAUUAUCUAAUACAAAGGUCAACUUUAUAUGAUGUUGCAGUCAUUAGUUUUCUUUUAGCUACCAUUGCGUUGGAUCAACCUUGAACUCGGGGUUGUACUUAUUUAUGUAUCUGUAUAUAUGUAAAUGUACAUAAUUUCGCGAAUGUGCUAACUUAUGUACGUGGUGAUAACUUCUCCCCUCCACGUAAUCUUGUCACGUUAUCGGGCCACACUUCCCCCAUGGUUCUGAAUCUAGACUCGAUGAGGUUGGCUUAUUUAAAAUGCGGUUGGUAAACUCAGUGAUGAGGUUCGAAAAAGUUAUCGCAUUUUAUACUCAGAUUGUACGCAAAUUACAUCACGAACACAGUGGUGGCUUAAUUGUGGAUAACCAUCCUUUCAAACAAUUUUUAAUAUCUAUUGCAACAACGAGACAACCGUAUGUACGUGUUCGAAUCAACUUUACACACCAAAUAAUUCAAUCAAUACUACAACGAGACUGUUAGAAUCAAAAAUAUAAGUAUAUGCAAUGCAUAAUGUGCAGUGUGUCACAUAUUUUAGUCAAUAAAGUUAUACGCAUGUUGUUAUA